AUGAUACCGGUCUGGCGCCUUGCCAAGUCGAAAGUCGACUUUGACUCUGAUAAUGGACUGUUGAAAAUAUGGUACCAAACUGAUCAGGGUCAAUUUUAUGUUGAGUUCCGAGACGGCGGGGAAGGUUCACUGGCAGGCGACGUCAUCCGCUUUGGACGCGAUAUCCCUGAGUACAACAGGUCACUUUUGAUCAAUGGCAAUCUUGUUGUUCGUGAUAUACCUCGUCCGGACUAUUUCGACCGUUACGCAGACUGGGAAGGCGACGAAGAAGAUGUCUCGGAAGAAUUGGCUUUACUCCCCAUCAUCAAAGUCGAUCAGAGUCAGCACUUUGUGAAGGUGCCCAAGUACAAGGGGGAAAUAUCUACCUUGUUGCGCUGCCGGGGAUCCUCUCACGUUGUACAUCUACUAGGCAAAUCAGAGGACGAUAAACUCGUCUUCAACCGCUGCACACCCUGUUUCGAGUACAUUGCAGGGCGCAAUCGCACCAAAACUCUGAUCAAGUCCUGGAUGUUGCAGCUAGUCGAUGGCGUUGCCUUUCUGCAUUCCCAAGGAAUUAUACACCGUGACUUGAAAGGACUCAACAUCCUUUUCGAUGAGGCUGGCCGAGUCGUCAUCUGCGAUCUGGAAUGUCACUGGGCAGAUCUGAUGUACCUUGCCGACGAAUGCAAAGGGUACAAAAAUUUCACCGCGGCUAGUGAUGUCUAUGCUCUUGGAGGAUGCCUGUGGUAUUUCUGCUAUGCGAACACGCCGCUAAUUUCUGUGAUCCAGUUCAUUGUUCCUCCUCCUUUUAACACUGUUCUUGAAGCUUGCCAUUGCAAGUGUCCAGAAGAUAGACCUAGUAUCGCCGAACUGCAUCACAUGCUCGAAGUGCUGGAGGUCUGA